AUGCUUGGGGUCAAGCGCCAUCGAGAUGACGACCUCGACUCGGAGCUUGAUGCUGAUCCCCAGAACAAGAAGCUCUGUCAGCCAUGGCAAACCUCGGACCUCCGUGGGCCUUCAAUCGAUCUUGACCCGAUUCACUUCCGAGCCCCUAACCUGACCCCCGUGGAAUCCUCUGAUGAAGGAGCCAAUUCCAAGAAACAACUUGAAGGCGUUCAGUAUGCUUUAAAUGGUAUUGUGGGACAUUCACUCGAACACCCAUGGCCCCCGACCGUCAGCAACUCCACUGCGGAAACACCUGCUCAGGCUCGCUCCCAGUUCUCACCCUGGUUGGUGACCUCCAGUAACGACAUGAGCAUCAAGUCAGUUAUGCCCCACAGUAAUCUCAAUCAAGCAAGCAGUACCAGUGGGACCUACACAGCCAUCCCGAUCCACAGUUCAGGCCCGGUCGCAUAUGGACCUGGCUCUUCUAACCCUGACCAACACUCAACCCAAGAUGUGGUGAAUGAAAAUGGAUACUAUUACAUGCAUAUUGGACUUCCAAGCCCUAUCAGUGAAGAUGACAAUGAUACUACCAUGGGUAGUUUUCCAAGCGACACAGAUUUGGCUGCAUACUCUCACUCUCCCCGAGGGUCCCCAGAUGCGGAGGUUCUUCAGAAUCCCGCCUUUCUCACCCCCGUUCUAACCCGCCGACCCACUCCUAUCCCCCGGGCCUUUGUUCGCACCGAGCGUGCUUCACCAAAGAAACCAACCAUUGCCAUGGGAUACCGUGCUGACUGUGAGAAGUGUCGAAGUCGGGUCCCAGGGCACUACAGUCAUAUCAUCCGCAAUUAA